GGGCAUUUAAGAGUCCAUUUAACUGAUGGAAGGCUCUGCAGAUGAGGCUGCGAAAGGAGUUACUGGCUUAGCAAUGGAAGCAUCUGAUUCGGGACAACAGAUGAACAAGAACGCACUCAAGAAGGCGGAGAAGAACCAGAAGAGGGGAGAGCAAAAGAGGCUCAAAGAUGAGGCGAAGGCGAGAAAGGAUGCUGAAAAACCCAGCUCUCAGGCUCAUAAAUCUGCUGCUGCUGAUGACGAGAAUAUGGAUCCAACGCAAUACUUCGAGAACAGGAUAAAGUAUCUUGGAACUCAGAAGGCUGAAGGGAAGAAUCCGUUUCCUCACAAAUUCUUUGUUACAAUGUCAAUUGUAGAAUACUUGGAAAAAUAUGAAGGCCUAAGUAAUGGAGAGCAUCUUGAGGAUAUCUCAGAAUCUUUGGCUGGUCGAAUUAUGAGUAAAAGAUCUUCCUCCUCAAAGCUGUUCUUUUAUGAUUUACAUGGUGGAGGUGCUAAAGUGCAAGUUAUGGCUGAUGCAAGCAAGUCAGGCAUGGAUGAAGCUGAAUUUUCUAAGUUCCAUGCCAGUGUCAAGCGUGGAGAUAUUGUUGGUGUUACUGGGUUUCCAGGAAAAACUAAAAAAGGGGAGCUAAGCAUUUUCCCAAAAAGGUUCAUAGUUUUAUCCCAUUGUCUCCACAUGAUGCCAAGGCAAAAAGCUGCUCCUGCGUUGGAGAAUGCCAAUAAUAAUAUAAAGAAAAUGAAUGCGUGGGUCCCAGGAACUACCCGAAAUCCUGUAACAUAUAGUUUAAAAGAUCAGGAAACUAGAUAUCGUCAACGCUAUCUGGACUUGAUGUUGAAUGGGGAAGUUCGACAAAUAUUCAAAACGAGAUCAAAGAUCAUUUCAUAUGUUAGGAGAUUUCUUGAAAACCUUGAUUUUUUGGAGGUUGAGACACCUAUGAUGAACAUGAUUGCUGGUGGCGCUGCUGCCCGUCCUUUUGUGACACAUCACAAUGAGCUAAACAUGAAGCUUUACAUGCGUAUUGCACCUGAACUCUAUCUGAAGGAGCUUGUUGUUGGUGGACUAGACCGUGUGUAUGAGAUUGGAAAACAAUUCAGAAAUGAGGGAAUUGAUUUGACGCAUAAUCCAGAGUUCACCACUUGUGAGUUCUAUAUGGCUUUUGCAGACUACAAUGACUUGAUGGGUCUCACUGAGAAAAUGUUAAAUGGGAUGGUUAAGGAGCUUACAGGCGGUUCUAAGAUAAAAUAUCAUGCAAAUGGCCUUGACAAGGAUCCAAUUGAGAUUGACUUCACUCCUCCAUUCAGGAGGAUUGAUAUGAUAGAAGACUUGGAAAAAGAGGCCAAUCUUAAUAUACCAAAGGACUUGUCAAGUGAGGAAGCUAACAUGUAUUUGGCAGAUGCAUGCUUGAAGUUUGAUAUCAAAUGCCCCCCUCCUCAAACAACAACUCGUUUAUUGGACAAACUUGUUGGGCACUUUCUGGAAGAGAAGUGUGUUAACCCAACUUUCAUCAUUAACCAUCCAGAAAUAAUGAGUCCUUUGGCAAAGUGGCAUAGAGAUAGACCUGGCCUCACUGAGCGUUUUGAAUUGUUUAUCAACAAACAUGAGCUUUGCAAUGCAUACACUGAAUUAAAUGAUCCUGUAGUUCAACGACAGCGAUUUGCUGAACAACUUAAGGACCGACAAUCUGGUGAUGAUGAAGCCAUGGCUUUGGAUGAAACAUUCUGCACAGCUCUCGAGUAUGGUUUGCCUCCAACUGGUGGGUGGGGAUUGGGUAUCGAUCGUCUUGCCAUGAUAUUGACUGAUUCUCAGAAUAUCAAGGAAGUUCUCCUCUUUCCUGCUAUGAAACCCCAAGAUGAGCCACCUGCUAAAGGUAUUUUGUUACGGCCUUUAAUAUGAUGCACUUUGAAUUAUUUCUUCUUGCAUCUUUCCACCUCUGUGCAGGAUUGAAAAUCAUUGUUCACUUUGCAUGUAUCUUUUUGUUUUUGAGUUUUUGGAUUCCCCUUACUAGUCAGUUCGUGG